AUGUCUCGACACAGCUAUUCAUACUCUACGUCUACUACCGCCAGACACAUGACAACUCACGGCACCAGCAGCGCUUUCAGCAGUUCUGCCAAUCCAGAUGAAGACUGGACCAAGAUUUCCGAUCUUGCUGAGCGCCGAAGAAUUCAGAAUCGUAUUGCUCAAAGAAACUACCGCAAGAAGCUCAAGAGACGUCUCGAAGACCUCGAGCGCAGAGCCGGUUCCUCUUCAGCUUCCCCACCUCAAGCGCAUGUGGAGCUCCAUCAACAACCAGAGCGCAGCAACGAGAAUCAACAAUACAGAAGGAGCCCAGAAAAUGUGCAACGACAGGUCUCUCCAAGACUCUUGCCUAGCCAAUACACACCUCCCAUGCACAGCGAUGACGAGAUCAUCUUCUCUCAAAAUUUCGAUCGUGAUGGAUCUAGAACACCACCUCUAUUCACAUAUCACACAUACCCUGCUCCCGAGGAUAUUUCCUACCCACCAUACCCACAUUCACAGCCAUAUCGCGCCAUUUCCGACAGUGAACGAUCAGAAGCAUACCAGCAUUACAUGGCACCUGCAGUGCCAGUGACUUUACCUUCCAUGAUGCACUUCAACGACGCAAUCAAGCGGGAACCUGAAGAUACCAUGAGUCCCUACAAUAUGAGCUACCAAGGCUUGCCAGCAAUCGAUAUUCAUUCACAUCACGGUUAUGAUAAUCCUCAUACGCCACCUCUAUCACACUCUUACGAGCAUUCUACCACAUGUUCCGAGUCCGGAUACCAAUAUCCCACUACUCCUCUGUCCAUGCCUCCGUCACCACGCAUGAUGACGCAUAUAUGA